CGCACAGAUGCGGUUGGUGCGUCCAUAUAUGUAGCAUGUGAGUCUCCAAAGCAACCUUUUGUACCUUAUCUUUGUAUAACCUUUAAACGUACAAUAGGAGUGUAGAUGAUUAAUGUGUCAUAAAGUAACUUAUUUCCUGAGCUGGGCCGCGCCGUGGAGGCGUUUACUCAGUUUGUAAGCGUCUGAGAGGCCGUGUGGACGUCACAGAAGCCUCAUUGACUGGCAGCAGGAACCCACAAGCACCCUGCCACGUCAGAGUGUCAGCGUUCCGGUUGGACCACUGCGAGCAGAAUUCCGCUUUUUCAGGCUUAAGGCUGCCAUGAGGACAACUACCAGGUGCACUCGUGUUCGGGGCUGAGGGGCACCCAUGGGAGUUCGGCCUCGUCGGAGCCGCGAAUGCUCAAAGACGCGCCCCGGUGCGUCCAAAUGUGACGGCCACUUCCUUACCGCGGGCCUAGUGGCCGCAACUUUCCUCGUCCUCCUGGGGGUUUCUUUACUCCACUUGCCGGAGCCGGUGGCGCUAGACCCGGCGACGGCCGUUCGCGAGGUGACGCUGUUGAUCUGGACUCAUCCUUUCGGGCGGAAGCGGCCACUUCCGGAUUGUUUGGCCCGCUACGGCGUCGACGGCUGCGUGCUGACGGACGAGCCGCGCGCGUACCCGCACGCGGACGGCGUGCUCGUGCACCACCGCGACGUGGCCUCAGGCGGCGCCGAGCUGCCCCCGGAAGCGACUCGCCCCCCGGGACAGAAGUGGAUAUGGAUCAACUACGAGUCGCCCUCACACACGCCGGCCCUGUGGCGCCUGGAGGAACUCUUCAACGUCACCAUGAGCUACCGAGCCGACUCGGACGUCUUCCUCCCGUACGGCUACCUGGUCCAGAAGCACGGUGACGGGCAGCCACUCUCAGAACCUUCUCGAACUUCUCGCCCACGCUUGGUGGCGUGGGUGGUGAGUAACUGGGUGGAGUCGCAGGCCCGCGUGGCCUUCUACUACCAUCUGAGCCAGUACAUCCAGGUUGACGUCUUCGGCCGAGCGGGACGCAGCAUUCCGGAAGGCCUCGGAAGCGUGGUUCGACUAGUAAGGCGCUACCACUUCUAUUUAGCGCUGGAGAACUCUCAACACACAGAUUACAUCACAGAGAAGCUGUGGAACGCCGUGUUGGCCGGAGCCGUGCCGGUGGUCCUGGGUCCGACCCGGAAGAACUACGAGCGCUUCUUGCCGCCGGAGGCCUUCAUCCACGUGGACGACUUCCCCUCAGUCGAAGCUCUGGCCGGAUACCUAUUGGCGCUCAGCCGAGACCCGGCCCGGCUGAUUGGGCAUCUGCGCUGGAGGACGGGCUUCGGACUGCGCCAGCCCACCUUUUGGGGCGAACACUACUGCACCGCCUGCAAGGCACUGCGGAAGACCAUGGGACAAACUCAGGUGGUCCGUGACUUGACUCAAUGGUUUGAGUCCUGAAGAAUGGACUGCUAACGUACAGUAAACCCCCACUAUUAGCAGGGGAUGAGGACAGAGCCCUGACAGGAACAUUGGGAAAAAACACCAGUAAUUGACAACCUGCUAAAAACAAAAACAAAAAAACAAUUACCUAUAUCAAUAGUUGAAACCACAAAUGUACCACAAACUUUGAACCCACAACACUUUAAUUUUCAUUUCAAACUAUUACUUAUUACAACUUACGCUAAAAAAUAAAUUACAGAUGAUUUGAUUUCGGAAAAACAACAACAGAAGUGCGUGUGUAUUAGAGGUUGAACGACUAAAGAUUUUUUUUGUAGUCAACUAUAAUGCGAUUAAAGUCGAGUCUAAAUUGAUGACGUCAUUGAUAUUUUUAAGCACCAAUUGGAUUUGGAAUACACGCUGCCAUAAACGUGAUUAGCGAUUAGUCGACUUCAAGCAUUAAGCAUCUAUGCGGAGUAGGAAGUCGAUUCUUCUACUAGUCGACUAAUCGGUUCAUCGGCUACACUAAGAAUGUUGUCUUUGCAACCCUUAAAAGUCCCAAUUUGUCAAGCAAUAGUGAAACCUCCAUCGUUUGUUAGCUUGAGCUUUUUAAUAGCCACUCAGAAGAGCAAAACCAUACACAUAGUGAAGACGCUUCGUACCAACCCAGGCUAAUCUUAGCUCCUCCCGGACAUACAAAGAUCUUAAAACAGUCAAGAUGUUGCGGUUCAACAUGCUUCCUUAACACUAAUUACUACUUUCUUAUAAGUCAAGCCGUUUGUAGCAUCUGUGGCAUCUUAGGUUAUUACAGACGAAACACGAAUGUGAGCAUUUCAGUGAAUAGCUCAUGAUACGUUAAUAAUAACAAUACUGUAGGGGAAUUUGUGAAUAGCGACCGGCAAAGGGGCGGGGUUCACUGUACUACUUUUUAUUUCGCACUUAGUGGCCAGAAUAGUAGGCACCCAUACACAAGAUUGACACUGGUUAAGAGUGGGAUUACUAACAGUAUGCGCUUUAACACCCGACACUAAUUUCUCCUACCCUGUUGUAUUCAGAGCAAUUUUACACAUCACACCAGAUGCUGUUGCGGCAUCACCCGCCUUCGCUGGGUUUUGUAUAAAAGCCAAAUGCGGAUAAAUGCGGAAUCUUCUGUCACGGCUCCGAUGCGGUAAUUUCGUUUGAUCUCUGAGAGACAGGUGGGACUGUGAAGUUUAACGCACGCAAUUGUUGCGGUCUGAUAACUUUUUAUGUCACAUCAGACGCUGGUGCUGACGCCACCGUGAUUGUGGGAUUUUGUGUCACUGUGUGAAAGCAUACACAAUUGUGGCAAUAGCCUGCCUCUGCUGGAUUCUGUAUAAAAAAAACUAAUAAAUGAGGGGGUCUCCCUGCAAUUUUGCAGGAUCUCGGUGUGAAAAAACGGCUACCGUAUUGUCUUUGUAACGGGAGAAUGUUUUGAUACAAAACCUUGUAAAUAGAUGCAACUGUGUACAGUAUGUAAAUGUAUUUAAAUCAAUGUUGAAUACUGUAAUUGGUUUUGGUUCUUUGAACAACCUCCGUGUACACUGUUUUUGCUCUUAGUUUGUUGGUCCUUCAUGCAAGAAUAUAAAAUCAUUUUUAAGCUUA